GAAUCACAUGAGUUUGGGGAAAGAGAAACUUAAGUGUAGUUGAGCUGUUGCGUGUUUGUGUCUCUGUAUUCAAGCAGUAAAAUGGCAGGAGCCAGAGUUUUUCAGGAUGAGUUCAUGUGUCCAGUGUGUCUGGAUGUCCUGAAGGAUCCAGUGACCAUCCAAUGUGGACACAGUUACUGUAAGAGCUGUAUUACAGACUGCUGGGAUCAGGAGGAUCAGAUGGGAGUCUACAGCUGCCCUCAGUGCAGACAUACCUUCAGUCCAAGACCUGCUUUAGCUAGAAACACCAUGCUGGCUGAAGUGACAGAGAAACUGAAGAAGAGGAAACGUCCUGCUGACUGUGACGCUGGAGCUGGAGAUGUGCAGUGUGACGUCUGUACUGGAAGAAAAUACAAAGCCAUCAAGUCCUGUCUGAUGUGUCUGAACUCUUACUGUCAGAGUCACCUCGGACAACAUGAGAGUUUGUUUAGAGGAAAGAGACACAAUUUGACUGAAGCCACUGGACGACUGCAGGAGAUGAUCUGCCAGAAACAUGAGAAGCUCCUCGAGGUUUUCUGUCGCACUGAUCAGAAAUGUAUAUGUGUGCUGUGUACGAUGGAUGAACAUAAAAACCAUGACACUGUAUCAGCUGCAGCACAGAGGACAGAGAAACAGAAGCAGCUGAAGGAGACGCAGAAGACGCUCCAGCAGAGAAUCCAGCAGAGAGAGAAAGAUCUCCAGCAGCUGAGAGAGACCUACUCACUGAAGCUGGAUCACUGUGUGUCCUAACAGCGCUCUGCACAGACAGCAGUGGAGGACAGUGAGAGGAUCUUUACUGAGCUCAUCCGCUCCAUUAAGAGAAGCCACUCUGAGCUGAUACGACUGAUCAGAGAUCAGGAAAAGAUUGCAGUGAGUCCAGCUGAAGAACGACUGGAGCGACUGGAGCAGGAGAUCAAUGAUCUGAGGAGGAGAGACGCUGAGCUGGAGCAGCUUUCACACACACAGGAUCACAUCCAGUUCCUGCAGAGUUUCCAGUCUCUCUCAGAACCUACUGAAUCUACAGACGUAAAUGAUGGUCCCUUCCCUCCUCUCGUCUCUUUUGAUGGUCUAAGAGAAUUGUUCCAUCAGCUGAGAGACAAACUGGAGGAUUUCUGCAAAGAGGAGCUCAAGAAGAUCUCAGACAGAGUCACAUUCACCAACAUUGUUCCCAGAACCAGGAAGGACUUCCUACAAUAUUCCCGUCAGCUCACUCUGGAUCUGAACACAGUGAAUAAUUACCUCCGUCUGUCUGAGAGAAACAGAGUGAUUACUGGCACUAAAACUGUCCAGUCGUAUUCUGAUCAUCCAGACAGAUUUAAAGUGUAUCGUCAGGUGUUGUGUAGAGAGAGUGUGUGUGGACGCUGUUACUGGGAGCUGGAGUGGAGUGGAGAAGAAGUGUCUAUAUCAGUGUCAUAUAAGAGCAUCAGCAGGAAGGGACGGGGUUAUGAGUGUUUGUUUGGAUUUAAUGAUCAGUCCUGGAGUUUGAUCUGCACUCCCUCCAGAUACUCAUUCUGGAAAAAUAAGAUACAGACCAUUCUCCCUGUAAAGUCCAUCAGCAGUAGAAUAGGAGUGUAUGUGGAUCACAGUGCAGGAACUCUGUCCUUCUACAGCGUCUCUGACACAAUGAGCCUCAUCCACACAGUCCAGACCACAUUCACUCAGCCGCUCUAUCCUGGGUUUCAAGUUUAUCUUGGAUCAUCAGUGAAACUGUGUUGA